CACAUGAUCCCAUGGCGCAUCAUGCAAGCGCACGCUUAAUCCAGCUGUCCGUGGGAAGAGUGAGUGGAGGUUGGGUUGGGGGAGAAACCUGGAUUGGUAGCUCUUAGAGUCUAAUUUAUUAACUCACAUAUCUGUGCAGCCGCGUCCUCUCUCGCUAUUACCUUCCCCUUCAACGCGGAGCUGUCCAUUGGCGCUGGUGCUGAAACGCGUUUCUUCUCAAUCCCAACGGGGCGCGAGAAACGCGUUUCUUCUUAAUCCCUCACAGCGGAGCGCGACGAAGUGUCCGAAGCAAAACAUUGCAUGAUUUUAUUUACUUCGCCUAGUUGAAUAUUUUAUAUUUUUUACUUCGGUGAAUAUCCACUGAUUUAGCCAACUCGGCUGUCAUCAAGAGAACAUCGAAGCUCCAACUUUUUGACCCGGGCAGGUAACGGACUCUUAAAGAGACAGAAAGAUGGCUUUUAUGGUGAAACAAAUGGUGGGAGGGCAUGUGAAGAACCUGACCGGGGGUUUGACGGAGGAAAAGCCCGAAGGAGAUAAGUCGGAAGCCGCGGCAGCAGGAAUGACCCAGGAGGAAUUUGAACAAUAUCAACAGCAGUUGGAGGAGGAAAAGCAGGAACGAGAUGCAAGUUUUGCCCAGAAGAAAGCUGAGCGUGCAACAGUUAGAAGUCAUUUCCGAGACAAAUACAGGCUGCCAAAGAAUGAGCUGGAUGAGACUCAGAUCCAGCAGGCAGGGGAUGAUGUGCAACUGCCCACAGAGUUGGCCAAGAUGAUCGCUGAUGACAACAAGGAGGAGGAAUCCAAAACCUCUGUCCUGGGCCAGCUGACCAACAUCCAGAACGUGGACAUGGACCAGCUGAAGGACAAGGCCCAGGCCACACUGGAAGACCUCAAACAGUCCGCUGAGAAAUGCAACCUCAUGUGAUCUGGCUGGCUAACUGAAUUCCCGAUUUUCCCCCCUUUUUUCCUACGCAGUACUGACUGUAAGAUUAAAUAAAGCAUAUGUCUGAAGCCAACAAUCACCACAUUUGAAACCAAUUGCCUGUUGUGUCUAAUCGCGGGUGUAGAUGUAUUUGCUGUUAACCUGGUCUAUUGCCCUAGCAGUAGAGUGUGGUCAUGAUUUUGUUGGGGUCUUUGCUGACAGAGCCUACGAUGACCACACAUCCAACCUUUGAAUUCUAACCAUCCUGUCCUCAUAUUGACCUCUAACCCCUGAACUCCCGAUCUCAGUGGUUCUGUUUUGUGCUGGUGGUUUGGUGUUGUUUAGCUGCUUUCAUGUCAAGUGCUGUCUUUGGAAAUGUCAUUCUCUGGCUGAAAGUCCUGGUCAUAGGCAGAGGUGAAGUCCCUGUCUUGCAGUUAGCUGCGUCAUUGGGGGACAGGGGUUCAAAUCCUGCAUGCAGAUUAGUCCAGUGGUCCUGCAAAAGGUGGUGGAAUCGGCCUGCACCUUCAAUGUAUAGGGGGUUAGUAAUCAAAUUUGGUUACCUUGUCUUAUUGUGUCCUAGAAACUCCUUGUGGUGGCUCGGGCACCUGUAAGCUCAAUUGAGGUAGGAAGCCGGAGAGUGCUUUCCUUCCUGGACGUAAAGAUUUUGGUACAGACUUUUUGGUUGUGCAAGUAAUAAAAAAAGAACCAGAACAGUAAGACGUGCUGCGGAAGAUAUAUCUUGACAUCGACUGUCCCAAGUCUGCUGGGAGUUGCUGUGAUAAAGCAGGGUCUUAAUCACAGAUUGGAUAUUACAAAAUUUGUAAGGAUAAAGGACAAAGGUUAAAAAUGGAAAAAGGAAAAAAAACACACCUUACAGUUGAACAUGUAUGAACAUAUAAUACUUAUUAGUACUUAUAGUACUUAUUUGUCUGGAUUGUUGUCAAUCACUCGGACACAGGUGAAAGCAGGAAAGGGCUUAGUCAGCCUUAUUUGUGUUACAGUAAUAUAGAGACAUCUUUCUUUAAUACAGUGGUAUAUGUCUUGUGAUAGUAGAACAGUCCUUUUAUGACAUCACUGUAAACCUGCCUUUAGUGGCAUCUUUUAUGUGAUAGCUACUUUGUACUUACUUUUCAGUCCAAUGAAACAAGAUAAAUUAUUCAAAAUAAUGAGUACCUCUAUAUGACUGUGUUAUCUGCAAUGAAACUUAAACAAGAGCCUCUUUCAAUUCCUGUCCCUCUGUCACCUCAGGGUGAUCUUAUGAUGAUAUUUCAAAAAGAGAGUUGUCAAUGUGGUUUCUGUUUACUGUCCAUGAUUCUUUUGUACCAUCUUUCUUGUUCAACACUGUAUGAAUAUAAUUUAGAUUGUGACUAAAGUUGUGUUUAGACAGGCAUCCUGUUCUGAAAUUGUUUCCACUGAUUGUCUUUUGAUCAUUCAGAUGAGUUUUGAGAAGGACCUGAUUAGUGUAAAUGGGUUCUGACUACCUGCCUAAAUACAGCCUGGCUUAUGGAAGCAAUAAUAAAACAGAUUUUUAUGA